AUGAAAAUAUAUAAGAGGAGCAGAAAGAUGGCUGACAUGUUUGUAACUGAUAUCUUUCCAAAUGCUUGCAGCUCAAGCAACCAUAUAGAUGUUUAUAAAAUACCAGAGGAUGGAUAUUUUGAAAUUGUUACUAUUCCGCCAGAAUCUGUAAUUAUGAAUACAACCAACAGUACAGAAAAGCACAUUGUAAAUACUAUGCCGCAAAAUGGACCCGUUACUUUUAAUAAGAGGGGAGGCAGCCGACGCAAAGCUCCACCUAAACCACCUAGAAGCAGUCGGUCUGAUUCUAGUGCAAGUAGCAUAAGUAGCACAUCUGAAAACAGUGGUAGUGGUGCUUGUACAAGGAAAACGUGUACAAACUGCAGCUGUGAUCGAGAUGAGCAUGAAGUUGCACUGUCUGACAUCAUUAAUGAUUAUAAAAUGAACCGACUUAGCCUCCACGACAUGAAUGAGAAUAUCACAACUGAGGAGCCAGACAGUGAUGAAUAUCUGUGGGUUCCACCUGGUAUUGAUGAUGAUUUGGUUGAAGCGUUUAUGUGUAGUCUUCACCCUGACAAAGUACCUAGCUUUAAAAAUCAUGACGGAAUUAAAUACCACAAUAAACAACUCAUGCGACAAAUUCCUCUUCAAGAUUCCAACUUCGAAAAUAUUACCACGCUCUCAUCGAAAGAAAAGUACUUGUUAGACGCGUUCAAACGCGAGCGAGAUGCAGAAAUGGCGACAGCUAAAGUUAUGCGAUCUACGGAUUACCACAAAUGUUCAAGCUGUCGAAGAUCUAUCAAUGCCGGUGACGUGUGCGUAAACGCCGUCAAGCUGGGAGAUUCUGCCGUCUGGCAUCCGUCUUGUUUCUCAUGCGCGACUUGUGAAGAAAUGCUGGCUGAUUUGAUUUACUGCUUUCGUGAUGGGCAAAUCUUUUGCUUACGUCAUCACGCGGAGCAGAUCAAACCAAGAUGUUGUAUGUGUGACGAGCUCAUUUUUGGUGGCGAGUACAUCCGCACUGACGAAAAAUCUUACCACUCGCAACACUUUGUGUGCUGUCAAUGCGAGAGAGAGUUAAGCGGAGAGCAACAUCUGGUUGAUCAAGGCUUGCCUAUUUGUAUAUCUUGUUAUGAUAACAAGUACGCUAGUAUCUGCCACAUGUGUCAUAAAACCAUAGGUGUUGAUGAAGAGGACGUAAUUUACGAUGACGAACAUUGGCAUGAUCAUUGUUUGAUCUGCAAUCUUUGUAAUUGUCGACUCAGCGGUACAAGUUUUGUCAUCAAGGACGACAAGUUUCUUUGUUCUGAUUGCUAUCAAAAAACAGACGACAAAAGGUGCGGUAAAUGUGGCAAGGGAUUCGAACCUGGCGCUAAAAGAUUGGAGUUGAAAGGUGAAUACUGGCACGACUCUUGCUUCGUUUGCGACGUUUGCAAGGAUCCAAUCACAUCAAAACGCUUCAUCCAUCAUGAAGGGCAACAGGUCUGCUGUCCUUGCUUCGAUGCAAAUUUUGCGAAGCGUUGUGAGAAAUGUAAAGAAAUCCUACGGGAGGGUGGGGUGGCCUGCGGUGGAGCAUUUUAUCAUCGCAAUUGUUUCGCUUGUGAAAACUGCAACACAUCGAUUGCUAAUCAAGCUUUCCAGCAAAAAGACGGCAAGCGUUACUGUACUCCUUGCUAUAAAGAUAUGUACGCGAAAGUGUGCUCAGCGUGUGGCGAUUACAUCGUAAAUGGCGAAUUCUACACAGUUGAUACUGACAACUGGCAUAAAGAUUGCUUCCGAUGUGAAAACUGCAAAGAAAUUCUCGUACAGCAGUCAUUCGCGCAAGAGAAUGGAAAAAUAAAACUGAUUUGCGAAAAAUGCUCAUAGAGAAAGGUAUUGAAUGAUCAGGUUAAAUAUGGAUUUAUACCGAAAACAAAACGUGUAGGAAUGUACAGUUGGAUUCGAAUGUUGAAUUCGAAUAAUCAUGCGACAUGGACACAAGAAAAACACGUGCUGGCGAGGAAAACAAAUUAGGGCAAAGCAAGUUUUUAACUCUCUCACGCCUCAGUUUUUGUGGCGCGUUAACCAGUAUUCGUUAUAAAUCACCUUGUUCCAUGUUUCUAACCUAGUACAUGUAUAUUUAGAUUCGCACUUUUUUCGUACAAAUUUAAAUGAUUUUUAACGCACAUUUUUUUCAUGUAAUACGUGUUCCCUUAUUUUUGCACUAUCUUCCGUAGAUGACGUGAUAGGAACGUGCAGGUUUGUAAUUAGGAAAUUUCUACUUUUUUAGAUGUUUUAGUUUAUAAUUUUGUAUUAGUAUUUUUAUCGCAUAUCGUGUCAAUUGCACUAUGUAAAAUAGAUCUGUUCUCAUUCGUUGAAGUGGAUCACAUUACGCUAUACCAAAAGUAGUACAAGGAGAAGAAUUUUGUAAACUUCCACUGGUUGUUUCGUCAAGAAAUUUUUAAUAUAAAUCCCAAAUUACGUAUUUUUACAAGCUAGCUUUAACUGGCGUUUAAUCUUUAUAAGGAUCAUAUUUUAGGUGUUUGACUAGAGUGGUUUAACAGUAAUAUUUGUAAAUCACCCGCAUGACCCAGCAUUAGAAAGACGAAUCGUACCCCUUAACGCUGUCCUUUAUUUUUUUACUGUUAAACUCAAAAUACAUCUUCUUUUCUCCCAACAGAUUUCCUAAUUUGUAUUGCGUCAAUCAAUUACGUCUCAAAGUCGUUUCAAAGCUUUCAAAGGCGUAUCAGGACGGUCAUUUCAAUAUGUAAUUUAUACAAUGCUUUCAUUAUAAUAUGACACUUUAUGUAAAUAAGUUUUGAUAUAAACCAACACUAUCUUUCA